AUAAUAGGCAAAAAAAAUAAACAAUAACGUAUUCAAAAGUGGUCAAAAAAUUCUAGCCAUGGUUACCACCAUUAGUGAUAUCCAAUGCUACUCCUUCCUCUUCUUUGUAUCUCUCAUCACAACCUUCCUAAUCCGAUCCAUUCUCAGCAAACCCACCAAGGUAACCACGAAUUCCCACCUUCUUCCUAGCCCACCAGCCCUCCCAAUCAUUGGUCAUCUCCACCUUCUUGGUCCAUCCUUAUACAAAUCCCUCCACAACCUGUCUACCAAAUAUGGCCCUCUUCUCUAUCUCCGCUUUGGUGCAUCACACUGCCUACUUGUUUCUUCAGCCUCUGUUGCUUCUGAAAUAUUCAAAUCCCAAGACCUUGCCUUUGCUUCUAGGCCAAGAUUUGCCUUUUCUGACAAGUUACUCUAUGGAACUUCAGGGUUUGUCACUGCUCCAUAUGGUGAUUACUGGAGGUUCAUGAAGAAACUUUGUGUGACUGAAGUUCUUGGCACAAAACAGCUUGAGCGUUCCCUCUUUGUUCGGCGAGAAGAAAAAGAGAGGUUGUUGAAGAGAAUGUUGGAGAGUGCAAGGAAGAAAGAUGAUGUUGAUGUGGGUGUUGAAGUGAUGAAGUUCACAAACACUGUGACUUGCAGGAUGGCCAUGAGUACUAGUUGUUUGGAGCGAGAAGGAGAGGCAGAAAAGAUUAGAGAUCUAGUGAUGGAGUCCUUUAAGCUGGCUGCAAAGAUGUGCUUUGGGGAUGUGUUAGGGCCUUUCAAGAAAUUGGGGUUUUGGGUGUUUGGGAAACAGGCUUUGGAUUUGACUAGGAGGUACGAUGAGUUAUUGGAGAGGGUGUUGAAGGAUCACGAAGUGAGAAGGAGCAAAAAUGGGGGCGAGAGAGAAGAUAAGGAUUUGAUGGAUAUACUCUUGGACGUUUGUCAUGAUGAGAAGGCCGAGGUUAAGAUUACAAGAACCCAUAUCAAGGCCUUCUUUGUGGAUCUCUUCAUUGCAGGCACUGGCACCUCAGCAGAGUCAAUGCAGUGGGCAAUAGCUGAGCUCAUUAAUCAUCCUAGUGUCUUCAAAAAGGUUAGAGAGGAAAUAGAAUCAAUUGUGGGAAAGACUAGACUAGUUGAAGAGUCAGAUAUCCCAAAUCUCCCUUACUUGCAAGCAGUUGUAAAGGAAACACUAAGACUAUACCCACCAGGCCCUGUCACAACAAGAGAAUGCCGCCAAAAUUGCAAAAUCAAUGGCUAUGAUAUACCAGAAAAAAUUGCAGUGGCAAUCAAUCUUUAUGCCAUUAUGAGGGAUCCAGACUCCUGGGAUGAUCCUAAUGAGUUCCGCCCGGAAAGGUUUUUGGUUUCACUCAAUGAGCAAGAGAAAUUAGACCAAUGUCAAGUUGAAGGAAAGGGACAAACCUUCAAUUUUGUACCAUUUGGGGCAGGAAGGAGAGGGUGUCCAGGAACAGCAUUGGCAUUUAGUAUGAUACAUACCGCAGUCGCAGCAUUGGUUCAAUGCUUUGAUUUGAAGGUUAGUGGAGAAGAAUAUGGAACCAAGGUUGAUAUGCAACCUGGACCAGGCAUGUCAUUGAGCAUGGCUCGCCGACUUAUAGUUCGUCCUAUCGUUCACUUCAAUCCAUUUACCGCUUCUAUAUAAUCAUAUAAGCAUAAACAAUUGCCCUUGUUAUGUAUGUAUGUCCAAUAAACUAGGUAUUUGGUUCUUUACUCAACAUCGUAUCUGCAACUAUCUUUCUAUGUCAAGCACCAGUUGGUGAUGUAGGUCAUUAAUUUUGUUUGACAUGGUACUUUAAUAUUAUGAUGUGUUUCUAAAUAACAUGUUUCGUCGUGGAAGGUUGUUCUGGA